CCAGGUGUUUCCUGGGUCACCGGCAAAACAAAUACUGUGAUAAAAAGAAAGGGAAUAUAUUAAUGCCCUUGUGUGAUAGACUUGAUCUUUAAUAUUACAUUCAUGUGAGCUGCACUGCUGCAGUGUCUUGAUCAUGGCAUAUCAAAUGCGCAAAACCAUUUCCCAGCAAGAACAGCAACCAAGUCAUCACGGAAUAACGUCAAAAUUUGGCUGGGGGAAAUUUAGACCAGGAUGCCUAAAUUUCUUGGCCAAUUCAAAAUGCUUUCUUGUCGUCAUCAUGUUAUAUACGUUAGGCGCAGCAAUAUCGAUGAACGGUUUACCUGUUCUUAUCCUACCAAGUAUUGAGAAGAGAUUUAGCCUAUCCAGUAAAGGACUGGGGAUUAUUGCAGCCGCUAAUGACAUCGCCGCCCUUCUCUUUGUCGUUUUUAUCAGUUUCUAUGGUGACUAUGGCAACAAGAUCAAGUGGGUUGGGGGAGGGGCGGUCGUUGCAGGUUUUGGCGUACUUUUAUUCACUGUUCCUCAUCUCAUGAUUGGACCAUAUCACGUCCCUGACUUUCGAGAAAGUAAAACUGGAUUGUGCUUAUUGUCCAACAAAACGUCUCAAUCGGAGCCUUGUGACGAUAAUACUGGUGGAGCCAUGUGGUAUUAUAUGUUGAUAUUUAUUAUCGCACAGUUUAUCCAUGGUGCUGGUAUCUGUCCAUUGUAUUCACUGGUCCCUUCUUAUUUGGAUGAGAACGUUGAACCGAAGCAGAUGCCUGUGUAUCUUGGUCUUUGGUACCUCAGCGCAUUCAUUGGACCAGGAAUUGGAAUAUUGCUAGGCGGACAAUUCCUUAGCGUUUAUGUUGAUAUUAAACAGCCAGAUGGAUUGAAUCUUACACCAAAAGAUCAUCGUUGGAUAGGAGCAUGGUGGUUAGGAUUCCUUGUCUUUGGUUUACUAUUUUGGUUGCUAGCGAUUAUUAUAUCGGGUUUUCCCAGCUCGUUACCCGGAGCAAAAGAAAGACGUGAAAAACACAUACGCGAAGGGAAUUUGCGACGAAAAAGCAGCAGAAAUAAAGCAAGGUUUAAAGAAAUAAUUCCCGAGAUGAAAUCUCUAAUUUUAAAUUGGACGUUCACUUUCAAUUCUUUUGGACUGUCCGUUUCCUUCACUUUCAUCGGCGCUUUGGUUCCCUUUCUGGGAAAAAUACUUCAAUUAAAGUUUGACUUAGAUCCUGUAAGCAAUGGAUUUCUGAUAUCAGCAAUUCUUACGCCAACAACAGUGGCUGGUGUUUUGUUAGGUUCCUUUGUGGUUCGGAAGUUUUCAGUGAAAAGUGUCUGUAAAAAAUCAGCUCUCUACACAGCCGUUUCUCAGAUAACCACAAUCAUAGCACCGUUUGCAAUACUGAUACCAGGUUGUUUGAAUGUUGACAUGGCUGGAGUUUCAACUGUCUACACAGAUAGAAUAAACAUGUCCCGUUUUCAUGCACUUACAAGUUACGGCAACGAUGAACUCAUCUCUCAGUGUAAUAUUAACUGUAGCUGCAAAAUAGACCAUUUCAUACCCGUGUGUGGCUCUGACAAUAUUGUCUAUGCAAACCCAUGCUAUGCAGGUUGUUCUGCUAAAUAUAACAAUAAGACGUUUGGGAGUUGUUCUUGCAUUCAUCCUGGUCCUACCAAAACAGAUACUGCAAUACAAGGUUACUGUGAUCGGAAUUGUGAAAAUAUGGCCAUUUUUCUAUUUCUCAUCGCUCUUACGAUGUUUUUACGCUUCACAGCCGCCGUUCCAUCGCAAACUGUUGUUCUCAGGUGCGUUCCGGAAGACAAAAGAGCUUUCGCAAUGGGAAUACAAUAUGUUAUGGUGAAGACAAUCGGCUUAAUUCCAGGUCCAAUAAUUAUUGGUUAUUUAUUGGACAUUUGCUGCCGACUAUGGCAAGAUCUAUGUGGAAAGAGAGGAAGGUGUUUUGAUUACGAUGUUGAUCUUGCUGGAAGAAAUAUAUGUAUCUUUGGAGUAAUAACAAUUGGUAUAUCAUCAGCGUGUCUUGUGCUUUCUUGGCUUCUUUAUCAUCCUCAGGAAACUCCCGACAGCACUGUUCAUGGAAACACCAACGAAGAAGGCAUAUCAAGUUUUGACACUGUGAUGUAGCGUGAUGAUGCUAUAAAUAAAUAUGCUUUACCUGAUAAAUCUUUAUUUUAAUAUUUAGUCUUUGCGUUAACGUUAGCCAAGAGCAGUAGACAGCUCGCUGCAUGAGGUCGCAUUUUCGGGAAAAUUUAACAUUCCCCCUUAAUCACCACGAAACUCUUGAAACGUAUAGUCACUUUGUUUC